AAAGAGGAGACUCUAAUAUACCAUCGUUUAUCCUUAUUUCAGCGCAAUACCUCCACAUCUUUCGGAUAAAAUGAAAAUAGCAGAGCAGAUGUCUGGAUUUAAAGUUGUCCUUUAAUGAAAUGCAUCAUUAGGUGGAAUAAAUCUGCUAUUUCACCCUGCCGUACAGCCGGAUGCCGUAUUGCAGUUGGUGUUGUUGUGAGGAGCUGCACUAGCAUAAGGAUGUGGAUAUUUAAAUCAAACAUUUUGGCAUUUUUGUUACUUUUUGUGGGGCAGUAUAACACAUUUGCUCUUCAGGAUGUGACUGCCGACCUUUUCGGUAGUGAAAACUACGGGACAGUGGCAGCGUUUGGAGACAUUUACGCCGAUAAACAGACAGACAUCUUCAUCAUCAGAGAGCAGUCUGAAGUGGUGAUAUUCGUGGCUGACUCGAAAGCACCUUACUUCAAACCCAAAGUUCACAUCACUAAGGACCUUUUCCCAAGUGAGACCAUCAUCACCAGUGUGGUUCCUGGGGACUAUGACGGAGACUCUCAGAUGGAUGUCCUUCUUACAGCUCAGAUCAACUCUGUCUCUGAAACUGUCAUCAUCUUCUGGGGACACAACCAGACAUUAGAUAUGAGUGGGUGGCUCAUGCUGAACAAGACCUUUGCAGAUCAGCCUCUUGUUAUGGAUUUCAACGGGGACAUGAUCCCAGACAUUCUUGGAGUCAACAGCUCCUUAUCCAUUGAAGUCUGCAAUUUCACCGGCAGGAUUCCAUCGUGUGAGAGUGCACUGAGUUCAUCUGUCAAGAUGCGCAAGCCUCACUCUAACGCUUUCAUUGACCUCAACAAGGACUUCACCGCUGAUUUGUUCCUGACCACUGAGGGGCCUAAGUUUGAGACGUGGCUCAGUAAGGACGGGAAAUUCACCAGAGCUGAAAUCAUGCCAGGAGAUCCGCCACCAGCGAACAUUGUGGGACAGUCUUCCUUUGUCGACUUUGAUGGUGAUGGCUACCAGGACCACCUCCUCCCCGUGUGUUUGGAUGACGGCUGUAAAAAAAGUGCCAUCUUUCUGGCCAAGUCAGGCUCAAAAGAGUGGGUAUCAGUGCUGUCGGAUUUCCAGCGGAGGGAAACGGUUUGGAGCUUUGUGCCAGCGAAACCCAUCCAACCCCUGGCCCUGCACCUCGGGGACUACAACCUGGAUGGCUUCCCUGAUGCCCUGGUGAUCCUCCGCAACACCAGUGGCAGUCACUACAACCGCAGGAGAACAUUGGAAAGCAGAUCGACUUAUAAAUUGAAAACUUUGCCUGCACCACCUGUCAGUGAUGCUUCACCUCACCUUCCUUCAGUGGAUCAUGAUUUCAGGUCACAGCAUAGAUGAGAGAUGAAGACAUUU